AGAGGAGGGGAUCCUUAGGAAAGACGCAUGCAAAAAUAUGGUUUAUGGAAGGAUUACUUCAAGCACUGUUUAACCCAAUUCUUUCUCAUUUUCUUUGUAUUUCAGAAAAAGAAAAGGGCAAUUACUGCCCGCCGGCAGCAUCUCAAGAGUGUUAUGCUCCAAAUUGCUGCUACUGAACUUGAGAAAGAAGCUGUUGCCAAAGAACAAGAAAAAGCUGACUACCUGGCAGAGCACUGCCACCCUCUUCAACUCCCAAGUUCCAUGCAAGAUCUACAGGAACUGUGCAAAAAGUUGCAUGCCAAGGUAGAGGAAGUUGAUGAGGAAAGAUAUGACACAGAGAUGAAAUUACAGAAAACUACCAAGGAGCUUGAAGAUCUGAGCCAGAAACUGUUUGACCUGAGGGGCAAGUUCAAGAGGCCUCCUCUGAAGAGAGUCCGCAUGUCAGCUGACGCUAUGCUGAGGGCUUUGUUGGGCUCAAAACACAAAGUCUGCAUGGAUCUGAGAGCUAACCUGAAGCAAGUCAAGAAGGAAGACACUGAGAAGGAGAAGGAUCUGCGUGAUGUUGGUGACUGGAGAAAGAACAUUGAGGAGAAAUCUGGAAUGGAGGGCAGGAAGAAGAUGUUUGAAGGUGGCGAGUAAGAAGAACCAGUCAGCUGUUCAGUCUAAUCCUCAUCCUUGUCCAAGUCCCAAUGCUUCUUUGCCACCUAUUUUGCCACCUCAUAUCUUGCCGAUUUUUUACAGUGCUCUUUGUGGGAUGACCAUCCUUAGGCAAUUGUACUUCAUAGAGCAACAGAAACUACCCGCAGCUUGACCCCGCUGUAUCACUACUGGGCAAGCAAUUGUUUGAGCUGCAAAACAUCUUAAAUAUAUUUUGCAACUGUGCUAGCUUCAUGAGCCUAAACAAGUCAGCCUUGAUUCAAUCAAUUGGGUAGGAUCUGUAGCUGCAAAUAAACUGAACAAAUGUAAAUAAAGCUUUGAAAGUAUG